AUGGCAUCUUCUCAACCUGGGCAGUCGUCCUCAACCCAGCGUCAUCCGGCAUCUGUGAGUGAACAAGAAGGGGACUCUGGCCGUCCGGAUCCAGAGCGAGAAUCAGAACGUCGUCGAGUUGGAAGAAGUAGAGAUCGCAUUCACCAGACUGAAAGGGAAUCUGGGCGCCUUUGGGGUGAUUUUUCACAAGAGACUCCAGGUAACCAUCUUCUUUCUUCUUCUCAGUUUUGUUUCGUUAUUCCUCUUCGGACUGACCGAAGGUGUUUCCCACAUGUGUACUUCGUAGCAGCUGGUCGAGUGGAUUACCUUAUCUAUGCACGAGUGUAUGAAGUCAACGCCAGUCGUCAGCCACCAUCCUUCCCAUCACCAUCACGUCCCCAUCAGCGGCAAGAACGACAACCUAAUCACGACCGGGGUCAUACGCAUCCGCUGCCGGGUAUGGCUACUGAUUUGCCUUCGCCGGCCGGCGACACCGACCACUUUUCAACUCCACGACCAUACGGGCCGACGACACGACAUGGCCGUGCAGAUCAGACUCACUUACACCGUCGACCGACCGGGAGCCAUGCCAUUUCUACUAUACCUUCUCGACAGAACCCUUCUUCAACUCAACCUCCCCAUUUCUCUGUGGAAGAUCAAGCUUACCUUCGAGGCCGCUUACCCAUAAGGCAACCAGCGUCUGCCCCAACCGUAAUCAAUCACUUUCGUCGUUUGCCAUUCUUGUAUCAAGAUCUGGCCGAGGCUUGUCAAGUUCGGCUCUCUGACGUACCAAUUGGAACUCGUGAGUGGGAGAGACGCACGCGGAUGGCAGAAUUGGCACAACGACUAUCAGACAAAUACAAGAGGUUUACUCUCAUCCUUCCGUGGUCGUACAUUGAUGAGGCUAUUGCAAGGUGGCAGAGUGAGAUGCCACACCCCAGCCGAUUCUGGGACAAGGUUCUGGAGGAAGUCGAAGUUUGUGCCAACGCCUCCUGGUCCGUCGUCCGUCUUUGGAUCCUCCUUUUUAUAACUCAAUCUACGCUGGUCGCCGUGGCAUAUAGCAUGCUUCCCACGUCAGGCAAGGUUGUUCUUCUUAUCGCAAAUAGCCUCGCGUUCGUAUGGUCUACAACUAUCAUGUGUGAGACGCUGCAUUCACGAUACAUGGAAAAGAAGACUGAUGAGCAAGCGUUGCAUGAUCUCAUGGGUGGAUUGCGUGGUUGA